CAGGAGCCUAUCACAGCACUUACAGGAUCUUCCAGACCUGAGCACGCCGGCUGAGAAUCUCCUGUUAAGAAACAUUGCUUUGGUGCCUCUUCUCUCACUCCCUACGAGCCUCUGAGGAUUUCAGCUGAUCUCUCUCUCUCUCUCCUCCAGACAGUGAGGAGUUCACUGAAAAAAAGGCAGAGCAGCAUGCGGCUACCCGGAGGGUGUUGAUUGAAACUUAGAUUCUCCCCGAUCGCUGUUGAUUGGACUGAUGCUCCAGCAUUACCAGAGAAAAGAUUUCAAUUAAGGUCCCUAUAGAUGGAAUUUAUUGCGGCAAAUACCUUGUCAUCAGAAGGAUUAAUGCCUGCAUUAGCAUUUCUGCAAUAAAAUCAGAAGCUAAGUGGUGAAGGCCACAGACACCUCAAACCUGGAUUCCUGUGCUCGGCAUUAAGUGCUGGAGUUUUUAUUACUUGUGGUAGGGAAGCCAUUGCCAAUGCUCACAAGGAACUGCUUAUCCCUGCUUCUCUGGGUCCUGUUCGAUGGAGGUCUCCUAACGCCACUGCAUCCACAAGCACAAGAGAUUUUAGAAGCACAGUCAAGAGAAAAUGUUGUCCCAGUGCCAGGCAGGAGAUCAUCUGCCCAGCGAGUCAAACGAGGCUGGGUGUGGAAUCAAUUUUUUGUGCUGGAGGAGUACAUGGGCUCUGAACCUCAGUAUGUGGGAAAGCUUCAUUCUGACUUGGACAAGGGAGUUGGCAGUGUUAAAUAUACCCUUUCAGGAGAUGGUGCUGGCACAGUUUUUACCAUUGAUGAGACCACGGGAGACAUUCAUGCCAUAAGGAGCCUAGAUCGAGAAGAAAAACCUUUCUACACACUCCGGGCUCAGGCUGUGGAUGUUGACACCAAGAAACCACUAGAGCCUGAAUCAGAGUUCAUCAUCAAAGUGCAGGACAUUAAUGAUAAUGAGCCAAAGUUCCUGGAUGGGCCUUACGUUGCCAGUGUCCCAGAAAUGUCUCCAGUGGGAGCAUAUGUGCUUCAAGUAAAGGCGACAGACGCUGAUGAUCCCACUUAUGGAAACAGUGCUAGAGUGGUUUACAGCAUUCUUCAGGGGCAACCAUAUUUCUCCAUUGAUCCCAAGACAGGUGUAAUAAGAACCGCUUUGCCAAAUAUGGACAGAGAAGUGAAAGAACAAUAUCAAGUUCUAAUCCAAGCCAAGGACAUGGGAGGACAGCUGGGAGGACUAGCUGGUACUACCACUGUAAACAUUACUCUCACGGAUGUCAACGACAACCCACCCAGAUUUCCUAAAAGUAUCUUCCAUUUAAAAGUACCUGAGACCUCUCACGUUGGUUCUGCUAUUGGACGGAUCAGAGCUGUGGACCCUGAUUUUGGGAAAAAUGCAGAAAUUGAGUACAACAUAGUUCCAGGAGAUGGAGGAAACUUGUUUGACAUCACGACAGAUGAGUACACCCAGGAAGGAGUCAUUAAACUGAAAAAGCCAUUAGACUUUGAAACAAAGAAGGCAUAUACCUUUAAGGUGGAGGCCUCCAAUCUCCAUCUUGACCAUCGAUUUCACUCAGUGGGUCCAUUCAAAGAUACUGCCACUGUGAAGAUAAAUGUGUUGGACAUGGAUGAACCUCCAGUGUUCAGCAAGCCCAUGUACACGAUGGAAGUCUAUGAGGAUACACCUGUGGGGACCAUUAUAGGUGCAGUGACAGCACAAGACCUUGAUGCUGGCAGCAGCUCAGUUAGAUACUUCAUGGAUUGGAAGAAUGAUGUGGACAGCUACUUUACUAUAGAUGCCACUGAAGGAACCAUUGCUACUAAUGAAUUACUGGACAGAGAAAGCACAGCACAAUACAAUUUCUCUAUAAUUGCAAGUAAAGUUAGUAACCCACUAUUAACCAGCAAAGUCAAUGUUAUAAUAAACGUUUUGGAUGUCAAUGAGUUUCCUCCUGAAAUUUCAGUACCGUAUGAGACAUCUGUAUGUGAAAAUGCCAAGCCAGGACAGGUGAUACAGACCAUCACUGCAGCAGAUAAAGAUCUGUCACCAGCUGGGCAAAGGUUUUCCUUCAAACUGUCAUCUGACGCUUCCAACAAACCAAACUUCACAGUCCAUGACUACAGAAACAACACAGCUGGGAUUGAAACCAGGAGAAAUGGCUACAGCAGAAGGCAGCAAGAGCUGUACUUUCUUCCAAUAGUAAUUGAAGACAGCAGUUACCCUGUCCAGAGCAGCACAAACACUCUGACUAUCCGUGUUUGCAGAUGUGAUUCUGAUGGCACCAUCCAGUCCUGCAAUGUGGAAGCAAUCUUCUUACCAGUUGGCCUCAGCACAGGAGCUUUGAUUGCAAUCUUGUUGUGUAUUGUUAUACUUCUAGUUAUUGUAGUACUGUAUGUAGCACUACGGAGGCAAAAGAAGAAAGACACCCUGAUGACCUCUAAAGAAGACAUCAGAGAUAAUGUUAUCCAUUACGAUGAUGAAGGAGGUGGAGAAGAGGACACCCAGGCUUUUGACAUAGGUGCCCUGAGGAAUCCCAAAGUGAUUGAAGAUAAUAAAAUACGCAGGGACAUAAAACCAGACACCUUGCGUUUUACGCGCCACAGACCACCAGCAGAAGAUAACACAGACAUAAGAGAUUUCAUUAAUCAAAGGCUGCAGGAAAAUGAUGUAGAUCCAUCUGCACCCCCUUAUGACUCCUUGGCAACCUAUGCUUAUGAAGGAAACGGAUCUGUUGCAGAGUCUCUCAGCUCUAUAGACUCCCUCACUACAGAGGCAGACCAGGAUUAUGACUAUCUGAGUGACUGGGGGCCUCGCUUUAAGAUCUUGGCAGAUAUGUUUGGAGAAGAAAGUUAUAACCCUGACAAAGUCACUUAAGUACAACUACAACAGUGAAACAAAAAGAAAAGCAAACCAACAAAAAAUUUAAAAGCUAAACCUAAGCUUUAUAUAAGACAGAAUUACUUUGAUUAUAAAAGACAGCAAUUGUUUCCAGCAAGUUACUACACUUAUCAUACUGUCAGCUUUGGUUUGAUUUGAGAAAGAAUGAUAAAUCCUGUAACAUACACAGGUUUUUGUUGUUGUUAUUUUAUUACUCUGGAAUUACACUGAGACAAGCUCAGGCCUACAAGAUGCAGUUUACUGACCUGACUUAGAAAGAAAGUAGCUUUCUGGCAUCAUGGUGGAAGAGUGGUAGCUUUUUCGUAAUUCCACUAAAGUGCCUAUUGAAACUUUUAUCAUUUAAGUGGUAAGCUGUCUGCUGUGAUGGUGUUACAAAACUGAAUGGUAAAUCAAACAUGAACUUUAAGACAAGAAGCAAUAGCAACAUGCUGACUUCUUUUAGAAAAAAAAUGGAGAUCACUUCCUGGAGUAUCUAAUGACUAGAACUGUGGGGGAGGAGGGGGGUGUGUACAUCGUGUUUGGGGGUUAUGUUUGUUGUCUUUUUUUUAAAGAAAACAGUAUGUCAAGACAUCAUAUUUCCUUUUCCAAAGUUUCACUGAAAAUUUAAAUUUAAAAUGCUAUUGCUCACUUUGAAGAUGUAAAGCCCAAAUUAUAAAGGAAAAUACUU